AUGGCGUCGAUUCUUCAAAAGCUCAUUAGAAAAUCGCCACCUACAAGAACAAUUGCUGCUCUGGGUAGCCAGACCUCACAAAAUCCCUCAUUACCCUAUAUUCUUCACCAACCUCUUGACAUUGAUAGGAAACCAGACGGCCAUUGUGAUUCUAAUUUGAACUCUGUUUCAACUUCGUAUCCGUCUCAAUUUUCGCAGUUCUUCCCUAGUUUUCCAUUUGGACUUUACUUGCAGCAAAUCUCCUCAACUGGAUCGAUUCAAUUCGAGCCGGAUUAUGUUGAAGAAAACGAUUCUCGGAAGUUGUGGGCUGAUAGCGUGAAGAAGAAGAGGAAACGCAAGAUGAACAAGCACAAGUACAAGAAGCUAAGGAAGAGACUUCGUAGACAGACAUAG